CCUCCUCGUGCAGUUAAUGACACUGCCUCACUACACUAUAUCGCACAGAUCCCGCGCAAACGACCGGUCUCUCAUCAGCACCGCAGCGCGCGCACACAUACACACAUACAGGGAGAACAGAGGAGUGGUACAGUCCUCGGCUCUCCAUCACAUGUGUUUCUGACACAGCUAGAACUAACCGCUUCGGGACACAGUGGCUCCUGGUUCUCCGGAUCCGGGUCGUUGUCUCGUAAUUUAGACCGUGUCUGUGGCUGGUCGUUUGCGGAGGAAUUUCCCCCCGCUCCAGAGCACUCCGUGUGUGAGCGACGCGGGAAGGCGUGACUGCGGGAAAUUUAUCGUCCUAACCGUUAUUUUACCUCAUCUCACAGCUGCUGCUUUUAAUAAGUUUUGGAUACCUACUGUAAAGUUUUUGUUCAUCUACGAUGAGGACCUAAACCGCGUUUUACGAGCAGGGGGAGCGUAAGAGAGGGGAAAGACACAGAACGACAACUGGAAAAGAGCAAACGAGAACAGACAGAAGCAGGAGAGAAGCGCAGGAGUGGAGGAUCACAGCAUGAACGCAGCAUGGAGGUGAAGGAGCGUCGGCCGUACUGCUCUCUCUCUCGGGGCAGAAGAGAACGAGGGAGAGACUGGGAGAGGGAAGGAGACCGAGACGAAGGGGAGGGUUUUAGGGAGGGUCCCGGCAGCCGCCGUCAGACCGGCUCAUCCUCUGUGCUCACCCAGAAGUCCUACAGCUCCAGUGAGACGCUGAAGGCCUUUGAUCAACACCCGUCCACCCAGGGGCUUUAUGGGCAUCGCAUGCCAGACAUGGUACCAAGGGAUGCGGAGGAAUACAGAGCUCCAGGCCAGAGUCUGUCACUGAGGCAGCUUGGGAUAUGCGGCCCUGCUCCUCGCCGCGGUCUGAGCUUCUGUGCGGAAACCGGACUCGGUCAUCAUACGCAGCUCAGCGGAGCAGACCACAUCCAAAACGUAGGAGGCAUUUCGCCUGACUGCGCCAUGCUAUGGGUUAAAUCACACGGUCGGGACUCGCGUCUGUCAAGCCGAUCCAACUCCGCUUUAACACUCACAGACACAGAGCAGGACAACAAAUCAGAUCAGGAGAACGACCAGCUUCCAAGCCAAGCAGGACCGCCUCCUCUGCCACCUGCACCAAUCCAGCACAAGCAGCACCCGUCAGUCACCUCCCUCAACCAGUCCCUGGCCAAUCAACCUGCGGAGCUCCAGAGCGCAUCUGAAUGCGUGCAGCUGCAGGAAAACUGGGUUCUGGGUGGAAACGUGGGCUUAGAGAACAGGCACUUCCUGCUCAAGACUGGAACAGGCACCACGUCUCUCUUUACAACUCCCAAUCCUGGAUAUACAAUGGCAACCGGGACUGUUUAUUCACCACCAGCCCGACCUUUGACCCGCAACACAUUAUCAAGAGGUGCAUUCAAGUUUAACAAGUCGCCGAAACGGUGUUCGUGGAAAUGCACCGCUCUCAGUGCCGUGGCUGUGGCCACCCUGCUGACAGUCCUGCUCUGCUACUGUAUAGCCAUGCAUGUACUUGGCCUGAACUGGAAGCUGAAGGAUGUGGAUAAUCAUGCCUUUGAGAAUGGACGAGCCAAACCAGUGACGUUCCCGACCAACACUGUGACUGCAGUUUCUGCAGACGGAAGGGUUGGAGUGAUGCUGCAGUAUAACUCCACAUUGGACACAGGGCAGGUGGAGAUGGGUCAGCAAGUAGCACACGCCAUUCCUCCAGGAGUUUUCUGGAGGUCCAGACUUAUCAUUGAACAACCACACUUCCUCAAGUUUAAUAUUUCCAUUCAGAAAAACGCCCUGAUCGGAGUCUAUGGGAGGAGGGGGCUUCCACCUUCACACACCCAGUAUGACUUUGUGGAGCUUCUGGAUGGCAGUAGGCUGAUCUCGCGAGAGCGCGUUCAGUUGGAUCCGGAGCUCAGGGACCGACUGGAGAUACCGGUCAGCGUUCAGCAGGCAGGAUUUAUUCAGUACCUGCACACCGGUGUGUGGCACCUGGCCUUUUACAAUGAUGGCCGCACUGUAGAGCCUGUCUCAUACAAUACCAUAGUACUAGAGUCAGUGAUGGAAUGCCCACACAAUUGCUAUGGCAAUGGAGAAUGCGUCUCAGGCACGUGUAAUUGCUUCCCAGGAUUCCUUGGGCCAUAUUGCUCGAGAGCGGCGUGUCCAGUGCUGUGCAGCGGGAAUGGUCAAUACAACGGCGGUCGCUGUCAGUGUUACAGCGGUUGGAAAGGGAUCGAAUGUGAUGUGCCCAGCGGUCAGUGUAUGGAUGCUCAGUGUGGGGGUCAUGGCCUGUGUGUUUCAGGAUCCUGCAUAUGUAACCCUGGCUUCAGAGGUGACAACUGCGACCAAGUGGACUGUGUGGACCCGUCCUGUUCAGGCCAUGGCUCGUGUCUCCAUGGUCAGUGCCACUGUACCUCAGGCUGGACUGGAUCCAACUGUGAGACGCAGCUCUCUUUGUGCCCAGAACACUGCUCUGGCCACGGCACAUUCCAGACUGAGACCAGCAGCUGCGUCUGUGAAGCCAACUGGACCGGUCCCGACUGCUCCUCAGAAGUGUGUGCGGCGGACUGCAGUCCUCACGGCGUGUGUGUUGGAGGUGUGUGUCGGUGUGCGGACGGCUGGUCGGGGGCCGGGUGUGAACAGGAGGACUGUCAGGCUCACUGUGGGGAGCAUGGUGUGUGUCGAAAGGGGAAGUGUGAGUGUCACCAAGGUUGGACGGGAGAAAACUGCAAUAUCGCUCACUUCUUGGACAGCAAGAUAAAAGCAGACUGGAUAGGAUAUAGAGAUAGCUGUCCAGGACUGUGCAACAACAACGGCAGGUGCAUUCUGGACCAGAACGGAUGGCACUGUCUCUGUCAGUCCGGAUGGAGAGGGGUGGGGUGUGAUGUCGCUAUGGAAACCAUUUGCUCCGAUGGCAAGGACAAUGAGGGAGAUGGCUUGGUGGACUGUAUGGAUCCAGACUGUUGUAUUCACAGUGCCUGUCAGGGUCAGACAUAUUGCCGCGGGGCUCCAGAUCCCAGCACAAUACAACAACCCAGCUCUCCCACUUCAGACGCUCAAGGCUUCUAUCAGCGUGUGGGCUUUCUGGUGGCUCCAGGCGGCACUCAUACCCUACCAGGAGAAAACACGUUCAACAGCAGCCUGGUGUCUGUAGUGCGAGGACAGGUGGUGACGGGCGACGGCACUCCUCUGAUUGGGGUGAACGUGUCUCUUCUUCAUUACCCCCAACAGGGUUACACCAUCACCAGACAGGACGGCAUGUUUGAUUUACUAGUGAACGGAGGCAAGGCACUGACAAUGCGCUUCGAGCGCGCUCCAUACUCCGCUGUGCAUCGCACGGUUUGGCUGUCCUGGAGAGUUUUCCACGUGAUGGACACACUUGUCAUGAGGAAAGAGGAAAGAGACAUGCCAACGUGUGAAUUCAGUGGCCUUGACAGACCCUCACCCCGAAUCACAGCGUCACCGCUCUCCACCUUCUACCGCUCCAGUCCCGAGGCCAGUCCCAUCAUUCCUGAGACACAGGUUCUUCAUGAGCAGACGGCCAUUCCUGGGAGUGAUUUAGACUUGAUUUACUUGAGCUCCCGAGCGUCAGCCUACAAACCUGUUCUGAAGGUCAUCUUGACCCAGUCCAGCGUGCCCUUCGGCUUGGCUCGGGUCCACCUCAUGGUGGCUGUGGAGGGACGGAUGUUUCAGAAGCAGUUCCCAGCCUCAGCCCGGCUCUCUUACAGCUUUAUCUGGGACAAGACAGAUGCGUACAGCCAGAAAGUCUACGGACUCGCGGAGGCUGUAGUUUCCGUGGGCUUUGAGUAUGAAUCAUGCCUGAAUGUGAUCCUAUGGGAAAAGCGGACAGCCACACUACAGGGAUAUGAGCUGGAGGCCUCCAACAUGGGCGGAUGGACCCUGGAUAAGCAUCACAUCUUGGAUGUGCCAAACGGGAUCCUGUAUAAAGGGAACGGUGAGAAUGUGUUCCUCUCUCAGCUUCCUCCCAUCAUCAGCACUGUAAUGGGGAACGGCAGACGCAGAAGCAUCUCCUGUCCGAGCUGUAAUGGCCAGGCGGAGGGAAACAAACUGCUGGCCCCUGUUGCUCUGGCAUGGGGCAUUGAUGGCAGUCUGUAUGUUGGCGACUUUAAUUACAUUCGACGCAUCUAUCCGUCAGGCAAUGUCACCAGUGUCAUGGAGCUCAGAAAUAAGGAUUUCAGGCACAGCAACAAUCCCGCUCACCGCUACUACCUGACCACGGAUCCGGUGACAGGGCGGCUCUUCGUGUCUGACACCAACUCUAGACGCAUCUACAGCCCACUGGGAUCGCUGACCAGCUCAGAGCUCCAACAGAACGUGGAGGUGGUGGCGGGAACCGGAGAUCACUGUCUGCCUUUUGACGAAGCUCAAUGUGGGGAUGGAGGUCCGGCAACUGAGGCCCUUCUCACAGGGCCCAAAGGGAUCGCCGUCGACAAGAACGGACUCAUCUACUUUGUUGAUGGGACCGUCAUUCGAAAGGUGGAUCAGAACGGCAUCAUCUCCACCCUGCUGGGGUCCAAUGACCUUGCCUCUGCUCGACCUCUGAGCUGCGACUCGGUUAUGGACGUCCAUCAGGUGUCUUUGGAAUGGCCAACGGAUCUGUCUGUUAGCCCGAUGGAUAACUCCUUGUUUGUUCUGGAUGGCAGUGUGGUUUUGCGGAUCACUGAGGAGGGCCAGGUCAGUGUCGCAGCAGGCCGACCCCUCCACUGCCCCAUGCCUUCUACAGACAUCUCGGUGACAGAAACACAGCGAGCCACGCAAACCCAUCUGGAAUCCCCAAGCGCCAUCGCCGUCUCCUUCAGCGGAGUCCUGCACAUCGCCGAGACAGACGAGAGGAAGAUGAGCCGUAUUCGCAGCGUGGCGGCAGAUGGCCAGAUCACUCACCUGGCAGGAGCGCCUUCAGACUGCGACUGCAAGACCGACGUCAACUGCGACUGUUACCUAACCGGUGACGGCUUUGCUAAAGACGCUCGCUUGAACGGCCCGUCAUCUCUAGUGGCAGCUCCGGAUGGAACCCUAUACGUUGCUGACCUGGGAAACAUUCGCAUUCGCACCAUUGGAAGAAACAAGCCUGCACUUAACAGCAUGGGUCUGUUAGAAGUGGCGUCGUCCGGCGAGCAGGAGGUGUACAUGUUUGACAGUAAUGGCACUCACCAGCAUACGGCUAACCUGAUCACCGGAGACUUCAAAUAUAACUUCAGCUACAGCAAUGAGGGAGAUCUGACCUCAGUGGCUGAUAGUCAUGGGAACACGCUUCGAAUUCGCAGAGAUGCCAGCCGCCUGCCCGUGCGCAUCGUUGCACCUGACAACCAGGUUAUUUGGCUAACUGUGGGCUCGAGUGGUGGGCUCAAGACCCUUGGCACACAGGGGCGUGAACAGGUGCUGCUAACUUACCAUGGCAACAGUGGUCUCCUGGCAACCAUGAGCACUGCCAGUGGAUGGACAACAUUUUAUGACUAUGACACAGAGGGGCGACUCACCAAUGUAACUUUUCCCACCGGAGUGGUGACCAGUCUUGCUUAUGAAAUGGACACUGUAUCUACAGUAGAAAAAGAAAGUUUUGAACGAGAGGAGGCUGGAAGCAUUACUACAAACCAGUCAGCAAUUCAAAACAUUCUUACAUUACAACAAGAUCAGCUGAAGAACAGCUAUGUGGUUGGUUACGACCACUCCUUAUGGAUUCUGUAUGCCAAUGGAAUGAACACUCACUAUCAGACAGAGCCACACAUUCUGGCUGGUGCUUCGUCCCCUACUCUGGCACGGAGAAACAUGACACUGCCUGAUGACAGCGGGCAAAAUCUGGUGGAGUGGCGCUUUCGCAAAGAGCAGACGAGGACGAAGGUCACAGUGUUUGGACGGAAGUUACGAGUAAAUGGACGGAACAUUUUGUCUGUUGAUUACGACCGAGCACUGAGGAUUGAAAAGAUCUAUGACGAUCACCGUAAAUUCCUUCUGAAGAUUGGCUAUGACACAGCAGGUCAGCCCACUCUCUGGAUGCCAAGUAGCAAACUGCUGCCCGUCAACCUCACUCGCAGCAGCAACGGGCAGCUGAGUGCCAUACACUGGGGUUCAGUAUCAGACAGGGUGGAGUAUGAUGGACAAGGCCGCCUGCUUUCUAGAACGUUUCCUGAUGGGAAGACCUGGAGCUACACUUAUCUGGAAAAGUCCACUGUCCUGAUACUGGCGAGUCAGCGGCAGUACGUCUUUGAAUAUGACCCUCAGGGAGGCCUUUCUGCAGUCACCAUGCCCAGUGUUGCCCGCUACACCAUGGAGACCAUCCGCUCUGUGUCUUACUACCGCAACCUUUACCAUAUGCCAGAAAGCAAUGCCUCUGUCGCUGUAGAUUACACUGAGGACGGCCGACUCCUGAGAGUGGCACAGCUGGGCACAGGUCGGAGGGUCUUGUACCGUUACCGGUGGCACAACAAGCUCUCGGAGGUUCUGUAUGACAGCACUCGUGUCAGCUUCACCUAUGAUGAGACAGCAGGUGUGCUGAAGACAGUCAAUCUGCAGAGCGAGGGCUUCAUAUGCACCAUUAGAUACAGGCAGCUCGGCCCACUGGUAGACCGGCAGAUUUACCGCUUCAGUGAAGAUGGGAUGGUCAAUGCUCGAUUCGACUACGCUUAUGACAGUAGUCUGCGUGUGACAAGUGUUCAGGGGGUCAUCAAUGAGACCCCACUGCCCAUUGAUCUCUACCAGUAUGAUGACAUCUCAGGCAAGGUGGAGCAAUUUGGCAAAUUUGGCGUCAUUUAUUACGACAUCAACCAGAUCAUCUCCACCUCCGUCAUGACUUACACCAAACACUUUGACGGGCACAGUCGAGUCCGAGAGAUUCAGUAUGAACUGUUCCGUUCUUUGCUCUUCUGGAUUACAGUUCAGUAUGACGAUAUGGGCCGAGUCACCAAGCGGGAGAUGAAGAUCGGUCCAUUCGCCAACGCCACCAAGUAUAGCUAUGAAUAUGAUGUGGACGGGCAACUACAAGCCGUAUACCUCAAUGAGAAGAUGACAUGGCGCUACAGCUAUGACCUGAAUGGGAACAUACACCUGUUGAGUCCAGCAAACAGUGCUCGAAUCAUGCCUCUACGCUAUGACCUACGAGACCGUAUUACUCGACUUGGAGACCUGCAGUAUGAGUUAGAUGAAGAUGGGUUUCUCCAGCAGAGAGGUUCUGAGAUCUUCCAAUACAACUCCAAUGGACACCUUGAACGUGUGUAUAGUAAAUCCAGCGGAUGGUCUGUUCAGCACCGCUAUGAUGGUCUAGGAAGACGAGUAUCUACAAAGUCCACCGUGGGGCAACAUCUGCAGUUCUUCUAUGCAGACCUGAGCUAUCCAAGUAGGAUAACACAUGUCUACAACCACUCCAGCUCACAGAUCACCUCUCUAUAUUACGAUCUGCAAGGGCACUUGUUUGCGAUGGAGAUCAGCAAUGGAGCAGAGUUCUACAUAGCUUGUGAUAACACAGGAACACCACUGGCAGUGUUUGGCAGUGAUGGCAUUCUUCUGAAACAGGUUCAUUAUACGGCCUACGGCGAGGUCUACUCUGACUCUAAUCCUGACAUUCAGUUGGUGAUUGGAUUUCACGGUGGACUUUAUGACCCUUUAACAAGACUGCUUCAUUUUGGGGUGCGUGAUUAUGACAUAAUGGCAGGUCGCUGGACUGCACCUGAUUUCAUGCUGUGGGAGAAUCUCAGUAAGAACCCGGGCCCUUUCAACCUUUAUAUGUUCCGAAACAACAACCCAAUAAGUAAAGUGCAGAAAGUUGGGGACUACUUAACAGAUGUGAACAGCUGGCUGGUCACAUUUGGGUUCCAUCUACAUAACAGUAUUCCUGGUUUCCCAAUUCCUGUUUCUGAGAUGACUCAAGUAUCUUACGAACUGGCCAAAAGUCAAGUGUGGGAUGAUCUAACACCCAGCUUCGCAGUCCAACAGCAUGUCAUCCGGCAAGCGAAAGCAUUUUUACGGUUUGGUGAUCUGCCUCAGGUGGAGUUCGGCCACAGCCACUGUUCCUCCAAACCCUGGCUGUGGUUUGCCUUGAGCGAUUCGCUGAUAGGUCGUGGGAUCAUGCUGGCACUUUACAAGGGCAUCGUGAUAACCCGUGCUCUAAGCCUGGCUAAUGAGGAUUGCGUCAAGGUUGCCAACAUCCUCAACGGCGCCCUUUACUUGAAAGACUUGCACUUUAUUGUGGACGGAAGAGACACACACUUUUUUGUUAAAAUGAACUCUCCUGAAGCAGAUCUAGCGGCGCUGCGGCUCACCAGUGGACGGAAAGAGCUAGAGAACGCAGUGAAUGUGACCGUUUCACAGUCUACAGCUGUGCUCGGAGGCCGAACACGGCGAUUUGCGGAUGUGGAGUUUCAGCGUGGGUCACUAACCUUACAUGUGCGUUAUGGGGCAUCGCUAGAUGAAGAGCGGGUGCGUGUUUUAGAGCUCGCCCGGCAGAGGGCACUCGCCAUUUCAUGGACACGUGAACAGCAACGAGUUCGAAAUGGAGAGGAGGGAUCCAGACUCUGGACUGAAGGGGAAAAAAGGCAGCUUCUUACCAGUGGACGAGUUCAAGGCUAUGAUGGAUACUACGUGCUGUCGGUAGAGCAGUAUCCUGAACUAGCAGACAGCGUCAACAACAUGCAGUUUCUACGACAAAACGAGAUCGGCAAGAGGUAGUGAACAGACUACCAUUAAUCAAGGUUUUACCAAGCGGUUCAUGUCCUGAGGCCGAUAUUUUAUAUGAUGUACCCAAAAACAACUAAGCCUCAACCAAUGAGUUGUCAGCACCAUGACUAGCUCAGCCUGUCACCUUAAUUCCAAAAUGUGAAAAUACAAAGCUUUAAAGCAAACUAUCUUCACUAUAAUAAAGCCAUAAAAGCAGAUUAGUGGAAAAUAAUAUGAAAAUGAAAAACCUCAGAUUAAAGGGUCGUCAAUUGAAGGCGAUUUUCAUGUGCAGGUUGUCAGUUAAGCCGGUUCUACCAGAAAGACCAGGGAGAUAAAUGUGAUAUUGAGUUACUUUUAUUUGAUGAGAGUAUUAUCUGACAAAGUAUUAUUUAAUAAAACAUAGGAUUUCUUUAGCGGAGCCCCUGUCCAAAGUUUGAAUUCUAAGCUUGUAGAUCUAGCUAUGACUAGGACUAUCGUAAACUAACCAUGUCCCACUAUUUAGCGCACUCAAGCGACCACUCCUCCGUCAUUGAAAGCCAGAUAAGAAUGUUUGUGUCAUCAUUGUCUGUGUGAAGACCUAUUGCACAAUCCAAUUUUUGAUUGAUGUCUUUUGGACAAGUAGUUUUUGAGAAAAGAUGGGAAAAGUACUGUGGAAGAUGAUAUUAACAGUGUUAACAGCAAAGCUACCAUUCACCGGCAAAAAUAGACAUUCUUCCAUGUCUUAUUAAAACCAUGUCAGAAUAUACUAUUAUUGUGUUUAACUUGAAGUGAACGUUAUAAUUAAUCACUUUUUAUGAAAGUUUGAAGUAAUAUAACUUUACAAUCAUUUAAUUUUAUAUAGUGUCUAUUUUUACUUUAUUACAGCAUGACCAUUUAAAAUACUAAAACAUUAAAUUUAUGCAAAUUAACACUUACUUUACUGACACAGACAGAGUUGCGCCAUGUGAUAAUCCCCCAUAACUGCCAUUUAAAUAUGCCCAUUUCAAAGAAUUUAUUCAACAAACGAUCAUUUAUUUAACAAUUAGUGAUAAUAAUAUUCAUUUCAUAAAGCCUGUAAUAUUGUGUGGUGCAUGAAUUAAAUGCAAAUGCAUAUUGUUGAUGCUCUACAUGUCUCCCUUCCAAAGUGACACUCGCCUCUUUAUGCCUCUUUUACACUAGCAGCAACUUUGUGGCUGCCGUUCGCUCUGGGAGGCGACCUGCUGCAAACGCAAGUCUGUGUAGGUCUAUACAGCCUGAAUACAAUCGUCCUCUGAGCGAGCUGAGAGAGGAUCACGUAAGCUCUACUGGUGUUCCUAUUGGCUGUCACUCAAGAAAGUUGCUUUUCAUUUGCAUAAAGUUGAAGGAUUCUCAACUUUGGUGCAUCGCUCGACACGCCCAUCUGGUCGCCAAACGGUUGCUGUCACUCAUGUAGACGGAGGUUGCUGGAAGUCACCUGUUCUUUGUUGAAAUGAACGGUCACUUUGCCACUGAGAGUCGCUCCUAGUGUGAAUGAGGCUUUAGCUUGCCCACUGUCUAUUUUCAAGCACAUAAGGUGGACGUAACAAACUUACUGAAUUUUCUUGGAAACAUAUGGUAGGAGGGUCUCUGUUGUGCUCGGGGGUGAAAGAGUAAGAAAUAAAGAUUACACAGAUAUAUCGCUUGUCUCUGACCUGUAAGAAUUUAUUCAGAGAUUGGCAUUAAAGGGUAAUCUCUACAGAAGAUCAUUGUAUACGGAACAUGGUUAGCCUACAUUAUGGCUGGGGCGGAGCCUAACCCCUUAGAGUGGGCCAACCUGGUGCUGGUGGAUGAACGUCUGUGUCAGUAUCUGCAACCAAAUGAAUGAACUGCUUACAGUAUACAGUAUAUUCCCUGCGUCUCAUGACUGUUGGUUAGAUCUGAUUGUGAUGAGUGACGUGACAUUACAUUAGGUCUUCCUGGUAGAACUAGAUCUAAAAGCUGCAUUUCUAGAGUAAGUCCAGCACAUGAUCUCAGAUGGAGCAGUAUUAAGGAUACGGAGCUGUAGUUCUCUGAUAAGCUAGGCAAAAUUGAGUUCAAAAUCAAAAUGGUUUUAAUGGUAUAAUAAAGUCAAGAUAAUCUUUCUGUGAUAAUGACAGCUGUUUGCCUCGCUCCUCAGUGACAUAUGACACUAUGACUGUGCAUAUUCUCUGAAAGCGCUUGAAAAUACCACAUUUUAUGACAUAUUUACUACAAGCUCACUUACAACUUCAGGUGAGUGUUUGAAAAAGAUCAUGUGGGAUGAUUCUGCAGUCGAAUGACAGUAGUCAAAUGUUCUGUUUAUUUAUAAACUUCCUGGGUUUCAAAGAUAAGUGGGUCCAAUAAAUGGCAUAACAUUUUCAGUUGAUAAAUUGUUGGUGGUCCAAAAUUUGGUACAUCGCUAAUAUUAACACACUUUGAGAUUCCCAUUGUUGCACAUUCCUGCUGUGUGAUUGGCUCUUAGAUCAAUAUAGAGUAAAAAAAAGUCCAGAGCUUCUCAUUGUUUUUAAAGUUUAUCAAGAUUUGAUAUAAUAUCAUUUGUCUUGCAGCCCUAUUUUGUGGGUUUUCGGUUUAUUCACGCAACAUCACCAUCUGGCCUUCAGAGAAGAUUUACUUCUGAUCAAAUUGCCAUGCUUCCUUCAUAGGAUGUGUAUGAUUUAAAUGUAGAGACAUCAUAAAUGUUGAUUGGCGGAGACAACUGUUGUUUUUGGUAUAUCAUACAAAAAACUGGUGUCGUGAUAUCAAGCACUUGCUAAAAUCCUGAUGACCGAUUAACCACAACCACUAAUAGAAGUAUAAGUCAAUCGGACAAAUUUAUUAACUGAGUUUGUAACAACUCUACUACUCCUAGUCUGAUGAGAAGAGUAAAAGCUAGGGGUUUAAAAAAGAAUAUUAAUACAACGCUGUGCGUUGUGAAACAUUGUGUUUUAAUCUAUUAAAGGCCUUAACAAGGUUACUGUUGUGGAGCACAAUGAAAUUAUGAACUUAUGACGAUAGGCCAGAUUCAUAGAGCUGUUGAUAUCUUUAUUGAAUUAUUUAUUAAUUAUUCAUUUUUACAAGCACUAUUCAAGUAUGUCCCUAAAGUGGAGAAGAAAAACCAGUAUAACUUUUGCAAAAUGAAAAUGUUUACAUAUGCAUAUCACUGUACCACCGCAAAGAAACCACGUGUGAUGUCAGGUGGUUUAUACUGUAGCCAGCUAUACACUGUAAGAUUUUUUAUUUAUUUAUUCCGUCUCUUUUUCCUGUACAUGAAUAUCAUAAUAAUAAUAAUAAUAAAAGAAUGUUUCUGUUGGCAAUCAUGUCAUUUGCAAUGAAAACUGAAAUAUGAUUUUUUUUUUAUGUCUGAUUGUUUUAUAAAUGCCAUUUGACCUCUGCGUUUUCAGCCAUUAUGUCAUACAUGAAUUGAAUAAAUUGUAAAUAUAAAUGAAUAAAAUGGCAGCACAGCACAGAAAAUCUGUAAAUGUCUGUAUUUAUGUAAAUGAGUGUUUACCUGCAUAUUUUUCAAAAUAAAGCAAUGAUUUGCUCAUUUGGUUACAGGUCCCAAGGGAAAUAUUUAUGAGAACUGUUUGUACUUAAAAGGAAAUAAAUGAUCCAAUGACUUA